CUCACUCAAACCCCACAUUUAGUAAUUUGACUUCCCCUGAUUCUUACACACAAGUUCCAUCUCUCUCUAGUUUCACAACAUUUUAGGCAGAAAAGGAUCCAUAGCAAGAGGAAAUGGCUUCAAGAGGUGUUGAGAUGGGUCUAAUCCUAGUGCUGAUGGCAAUGGUAUGGGCUGGAGCCAGCGCCCAAAGCUGCACCUCCGCACUCACCAGCCUAGCCCCAUGCCUUAACUACAUUACAGGAAAUUCCUCCACCCCUUCAUCUACAUGCUGCUCACAGCUGCAGACCGUCGUUCAAUCAUCACCUCAAUGCCUUUGCUCCGUGCUUAAUAAUGGCGCUUCCUUAGGAAUCACUAUAAACCAGACCCUGGCCACGCAACUCCCUGGUGCUUGCCGGGUGCAAACUCCACCAAUUAGCCAGUGUAACGGUGGAACGCCUGGAACUCCAUCAGCAGGGUCUCCAACUGGUUCACCAUCAGAGUCUUCUGAUGAUACACCUGAAGGUGCCAUUACACCAUCAGCAUCAAACAUUCCUUCAGGAACAGGGUCUAAAACUGUUCCAUCCGUCGACGAGGGAUCAUCCGGGGCAAGCAUAGAGAAAGGCUCCCUUCAUUUGGUUUUCUUCCUUCUCUCCAUUGCAGUCGUCGCCAAAUUCUGAUGAGUUGAUCCAUGCAGGGAAUUGUUGCCCGUUGCCGUGUUGAUGAUGAUUCUUUUUCCCUUGUUUUCCUCAUAUAAGUCUUGUUUCCGAUGUGAUUGAAUUUGACUGUACCACUUUGUCCGACUUUUAGUCAGAAAUUAUUGAGGAACUCUUUUUUCUUAUUUCUUUCGAAUAA